AUGGUGGUGCGGCCUGCGCAAGUUCUCCUGCCCAUCGCUCUGGUGAUUGCAGGCACCGUGGUGGCAGGUAAGGCUAUCAGGAAAGGACAGGCAGAGAUGGCUCUGGGGUUGUUUUUCGGAAUGGGGGUGCUGGGCAAAGCAUCCUCUGUUGUGCCCCACUCCUCAGUCGCUAGUCCUUGGUGAGUUUGCCUCAUAUUAUUAUUAAUGAUAAUAAAAAAAUAAGAAUACAGUGGUACCUCAGGUUAAGUACUUAAUUCGUUCCUGAGGUCCGUACUUAACCUGAAACUGUUCUUAACCUGAAGCACCACUUUACCUAAUGGGGCCUCCUGCUGCUGCCAUGCCGCCGGAGCCCGAUUUCUGUUCUCAUCCUGAAGCAAAGUUCUUAACCUGAAGCACUAUUUCUGAGUCAGCGGAGUCUGUAAACUGAAGCGUCUGUAACCUGAGGUACCACUGUAAUAGUGAAAUAAGAAGUUUGGUGAUGACGAGAUACCAUAUUGCAUACUGUACUUUAAAAUGAGAGUUAAAUCUCUUCUUUUUCCUUGUGGGUUAAUGGCUGUGGGUUGUAUCCAGCUAAGUCCGACUUGGAGUCGAGAACUGAAAUUCAUGCACCUGACAGCCAUGCCCACCAGUUUUAAUGGGUUGUAUUCAAUUAUGUCUGACUCAUAGGAGACUCAGUUAGUCAUAACUUCAGUGGGUCAACUCUGAGUAGGACUAGUAUUGCAUGCCACCCAGUGGGCCUUCUAUGAAUAGGGACAACAGUAGAUACAACCCAAUAUGUUAAUCUUCUUCUUUCUGCAUGAUUUUUUUUACAAUCACUAUAACAAAAAAAAGAAAAUAGAUGUUUUCUGCUAAGGUUCUGGAGACUCCAUGGAAACAGUUGAGAACAGUGGUGAAGACGAUGGCAGAUCUACGGAGAGGCCAGGUCUGUGUGUAUCAUUUUGCUGUGAGUCAAUAAGUUGUUAGGGCCAGAACUGAGGGUUAGCGUGGUCCAUGCAUCUGCCCAGGGUCCAUAUACAAUGGUACCUUGGUUCUCGAACAUAAUCCAUUCCGGAAGUCCGUUCAACUUCUGAAACGUUCAAAAACCAAGGCACGGCUUCCAAUUGGCACAGGUACCCUGGAAACCAUAGCCAGUGGCAUAGCGUGGGGGGUGCAGGGGGGGCCGGCCGCACCGGGCGCAACAUCUGGGGGGGGGCGCGCUCGCACUCGCAGCUCUCUGCCCCUACCUGGCUCACUCACUCUCUCUCACUGCAGUGCUGGCUGUGCGAAUCCGAUCCGAGCCGCUGGGUCGCCGCCCACUGUGGAGGGGGUGGGUGCCAGGCGUGCGGUGCGGAGAGAGAGUGAGGGACUAUCUGGGGGAGGGACAGUGCAGCGGCCGCCCAGCGCAGCGCUGAGCGUGGGAGAGAACCACACCAGACCAGACCAGGCAGCAGCAAGAAGAAGCUGGCAGCGGUGGCAGGUUAGGGGUUAGGGGGCGCAAAUUACUUGCCUUGCCCCAGGUUAGGGGGCGCAAAUUACUUGCCUUGCCCCGGGUGCUGACAACCCACGCUACGCUGCUGACCAUAGCCGACAACUGCAUCAGACGUUUAGCUUCUGAAAAGCGUUCAAAAACUGGAACACUUACUUCCGGAUUUUUGGUGUUUGGGAGCCGAAAUAUUCGAGAACCAAGGUUCCACUGUACUCUGGAUGAAUAAGCUCAUCUGAUCAUUGCCUCACUUUCUUAGUUCCCAUGGAGGGGGACUCACCACCAGAAAGACAUCAGCUGUCAAAAGUCUUUUGUCGUCUGCCUGCCUGCCUGCCUGUCAUCUAUCUUUCUAUCCAUCUAUAUCUAUCAUCUAUCUAUCUAUCUAUCUAUCUAUCUAUCUAUCUAUCUAUCAUCUAUCAUCUAUCAUCUAUCUAUCAUCUAUCUAUCUAUCUAUCAUCUAUCUAUCUAUCUAUCUAUCUAUCUAUCUAUCUAUCUAUCUAUCAUCUAUCAUCUAUCUAUCUAUCAUCUGUCUAUCUAUCUAUCUAUCUAUCUAUCAUCUAUCUAUCUAUCAUCUAUCUAUCAUCUAUCUAUCUAUCUAUCAUCUAUCUAUCUAUCUAUCAUCUAUCUCUAUAUCUAUCUCUAUAUCUAUCUAUCUAUCUAUCAUCUAUCUAUCUAUCUAUCUAUCUAUCAUCUAUCUCUAUAUCUAUCUCUAUAUCUAUCUAUCUAUCUAUCUAUCUAUCUAUCUAUCUAUCUAUCAUCUAUAUAUAUCUAUCUAUCAUCUAUCUAUCUAUCAUCUAUCUAUAUCAUCUAUCUAUCUAUCUAUCAUCUAUCUAUCGUCUAUCUAUCUCUAUCUCUUUCCCACCCUUUUAAAAGAUCCCUCAAGGAAGAAAUUUGCAUAAAUUCACCCCCUGAAAUGAGUGGUGCUGAGUUAACCCACGGGUCAAUCUAGCCCAGUGCUGUCUGCACUGACUGGCAGAAGCUCUCCAGGGCUUUCAGACAGCGGAAAUUCCCAUCCCUACCUGGAGAUGCUGGGGACUGAACCUGGGACUUUCUGCAUGCAAAGCAGAUGUUCUGCCCUUGCCCUGUCCUCUCAUAGAAAACUGCUUCCUUCUUUUCCAGGACUCGUUUGUCCUUGCACUCAGGGAUGCUGUGCCAAUGCCUGGUUUCAAUACAAAGAUGCUUGUUACCUACCAGUCACAGGCGACACUCACGACUGGAGUACAGUUAAGGUACAUUGUGUGUGUGUGUGUGUGUGUGUGUGUGUGUGUGUGUAAGAAUCUUCAAAAACCAGUGGAUAGAUUAGGAGAUCCAAACAUAUGUGAUCCUAACUUUUUGUGGAUGGGAUAUUUUAAUCCUGCCUUUUAAAAAUGUGGACAUGUUUUAGAUUUUUCUUUGCUUUGUUUUGUGAUUAUUUUAAUGUUUGCAUUUGCAAGAAAACUAAUAAGUUGUUGUUGAUGAUAAUAAUAAUAAUAAUAAUAAUAAUAAUAAUAAUAAUAAUAGAUUAACAAAUCUGUCAGUUUCACUUUCUAUAAGUUUAUCAUUUUCUCAGGCACAGUCAUCCACAUUUUGGUAUCAAUUUGUGUUACUUUUUAAAAAUGAAUGAAAACUCAUGAAAAUCCUCAUGAAAAUUCAUCAGCACCGUAGUGCAAAUUUCUCCUAAUAUUUAUUUUUUUAUUUUAUUUGGUGAAUUUAUAUACUCCCCUAUACCCGGAGGUCUCAGGGCAGUUCACAGAACAAAAUCAAAAUAUAAAAACACCUUUUUUGUAUGCAAUUUUGCCUGAAAUACACAUUUUUGUUAGGUAUUUCCCCGCAUCUAAUGCAUUUUAUGUUAUUUUUCACCAACAGAUGCAUUCUUAUGCACGCUUUCUCCUAAUGUGUGGAUUUCCUCCCAUUAUUUCCAUUAAACAUUACAAACAACAAAUAUAACCACACGAAGGUAAUACAUAUGGACCUUUGUACAGAUUAUUUAGUUAGAGAAACCACACCACAAGAUUAAAAAACUGUGACUUUUUAAAGUUUUUCAUGCUCUGGAAAGAGACUGCAGUCCCACCAAUGCUACCCUUCUUAUUUCAUAUCAGGAGAACUGUGAGAGAUUCGGUACCCAUCUAGCCUCUGUUCAUAGCGAUGACGAGCAAAGCUUCAUCUUUCACGUGAUGGGGCAACGGACGCGUUACUGGAUUGGCGCAGAGGGAACUGAUGUAAGAACAAGGGAGUGGGCGGGAUCCACUGUUAGUAUUGCUCACAUCCACAGCUUAUUACACCACGGGAAGUGCUGGUGGCAGAUUUACUUGUCUCAGCAUUGAGGGAAGUGAGUUUUGACUUUGGCCAACACAUCUGGUGGUGGUGGUAGGUGAAGCAUCUUCUGGUGGGCACCCGAUUGGGAAAGAGUGAAAAAAUGCAUCAAAGGUUUUCUUCAGGUCAGUUGUCUACUUGGGGCAGAUGAGCGGGGAAAUUUCAAAAGCUCUUCAGAAAGGCAUAUAUAGAUAACUUCCUGUACAGUGGUACCUCGGGUUACAGACGCUUCAGGUUACAGUCUCUUCUAACCCAGAAAUAGUACCUUGGGUUAAGAAUUUUGCUUCAGGAUGAGAACAGAAAUCGCGCGGCAGCAGCGGGAGGCCCCGUUAGCUAAAGUGGUACCUCAGGUUAAGAACAGUUUCAGGUUAAGAACAGACCUCCAGAAUGAAUUAAGUUCUUAACCCGAGGUACCACUGUAUAUGACAUUGAUGUUCCCACCUCACUUCUCGUGACUUUAAAGAGUUCAAUAUUCCAUGUGUCUAUUCUAGAGUAAUUAUUAUUUUUUAAAAAAUAUUUAUGAAUUUCAAUUUUAUAUAUCUCAAUAAUUUUACAAUCAUUUCAAAACUCGACUUAUUUCCCCCUCUUUUGUGGUUCCUUAAAUUUGUUUUUUAUAUUUUCUGCACAGUCCAAAUUAUCUUAAUCAUUUAUUCAUCUCCUUUAAAUGUAUACUCUUAUAAAACUGUAGGUUAUUAUAAUAAUCUUGCCAAUGUUAUUAUCUGUUUACAGUUUAUUUGUAAAUAUUUGAUAGACCAUUUCCAUUAUUUUAUAAAAAGUAUCUUGAUUUCUUAUUUUUCUGGUAAGUCUCACCAUCUUUGCGUAUUCCGUAAGUUUUUGUAUCCAUUCUUCUUUUGUCGGGACUUCUUCUUCUUUCCAUUUUUGGGAAAACAACAUUCUUGCCACUGCAGUCGCAUAUUCUAGAGUAAUUCCAACUGAAUUCGAUGGGACUUACUGCCAGGAAAAGGAGUAAAGGGUUGACGCGUGAGGCUCAAUUACCUGGGAGUAAGUUCAAUUGAACGUGGGCCGGACGCAGGUGGCGCUGUGGGUUAAAUCACAGAGCCUAGGGUUUGCGGAUCAGAAGGUUGGUGAUUCGAAUCCCCACGACAGUGUGAGCUCCUGUUGCUCAGUCCCUGCUCCUGCCAACCUAGCAGUUCGAAAACACGUCAAAGUACAAGUAGAUAAAUAGGUACCACUCCGGUGGGAAGGUAAACAGCAUUUCCAUGCGCUGCUCUGGUUUGCCAGGCUUAAUCGUGCUGGCCACAUGACCCGGAAGCUGUAUGCUGGCUCCCUCGGCCAAUAAAGCGAGAUGAGCACUGCAACCCCAGAGUCGGCCACGACUGGACCUAAUGGUCAGGGGUCCCUUUACCUUUACCUUUAAGUUUGAUUGAACUGAACGGGUCUUACCUCUGUAGGUAUAGGAGUGUUUCAUGACUUUCUCAAGCAGUGGCCUCUCCUGGUUCAUAAUGCUAAUUCUUCUUUUCACUGUUUGUUCCGUAGGAUCCAGCAGCGCCCUGGAGAUGGACCGAUAACUCCACGUGGCGGUAUGAGAAAUUUGGACAGCCUUUAAGACCGAGCAACCCUCCGAUACCCAUGGCACUGGCAGUCAACAGAUCAAAAGAUAAAGGUUCGGGGCAGGGGUAGGCAUAGCCGGGUACACACCUUGAGUGCACUCAGCACAUAUCAGCCAACCAACUUCCACUGUUGCAUGGAAAUAAUGGAAAUUGAUGGUGGAGAGAUAGAUUGACCUUUGAAGCAGAACAGAGGUGAGGUUUGCCUCUGUACGAUUCUUGUGCUAUGUAUUUAUUGCAGUUCUUUAUACUGCCCCUCAGCACAAGAGUUGCACGGUGAUGUACCACAAAAUAAAAUGCAACACAGUGCACUGCCGAAAUGGACCUAGAAAGCCGCCUUAAACUGAGUUUAAGUUUAAGUACGUUUCCGAGCACAAUUCAAAGUGUUGGUGUUGACCUUUAAAGCCCUAAAUGGCCUCGGCCCAGUAUACCUGAAGGAGCGUCUCCACCCCCAUUGUUCUGCCCGGACACUGAGAUCCAGCGCCGAGGGCCUUCUGGCGGUUCCCUCCCUGCAAGAAGUGAGGUUGAAGGGAACCAGGCAGAGGGCCUUCUUGGUAGUGGCGCCCGCCCUGUGGAACGCCCUCCCAUCAGAUGUCAAGGAAGUAAACAACUAUCUGACUUUUAGAAGACAUCUGAAGGCAGCCCUGUUUAGGGAAGUUUUUAAUGUUUGAAGUUUUGUUCUGUUUUUAGUGUUCUGUUGGAAGUCACCCAGAGUGGCUGGGGAAACCCAGCCAGAUGGACGGAGUAUAAAUAAUAAAAUUAUUAGUAUUAUGAGUGGGGCUCAGCACUGUCUGCACUGACUGGUAGUGACUCUCUAGGGCUCCAGGCAGGAGUGUUUCCCAGCCCUAUCUGGAGAUGCUGAGGAUUGUGCCCGGGGCCUUGUGCAUGCAGAGAAGAUGCUCAGCCACUGAGAUACUGGAAAUCAGGGUUGGAUAACCUCUGGCCCACAGGUCAAACUUGACCCCUCCCCACACCUGAUGUCAUAUAUGCUGCUACUCAGAUUUCUUGGUCCCCCUUUUCAGCUGCCUCAUCUUUCUUUUAGGUAUCUACUGGAUCAAUGAACCUAAGAGUAAUCAACACAUGUACGUCUGCAAAUACCUUCUGUAUUGA